AUGAUUGAUGCAUCGAAAAUAUCUCGUAUUUUCGUGUAUCUUGAGGAUAUCGAAGUGUCACCUGUGGAGAUUCCUGUAUAUGAAAGCAGCUUCUCCCUCUCCUUGUAUGCAGCAUCAGUGCAACGGCUCCUGAGCAACAACCGUUUGAGGGCCCUUCCCCCAGGAGGCUUCCGACCCUUGACCAGCCUGGUCUCGCUGCACCUGUCGGAGAACAGCAUCAAAGAACUUCCCGAAGAUUCCCCUUGGACCGGUCUCCAAAACCUCCACUUUCUGCGAUUGGAUGGAAAUGGGAUUUCCAUGAUUGAGACCGAGGCCUUUGCACCCUUGCAGCGCUUAGAGGAACUAGAUUUGCGGCAGAACGGCCUGGAGAAGGUGACGUCGGAGGUUUUCGAACCCUUGACCAACCUGAAAAGAGUCACGUGGAUGAUGGCACUGCUGUCGUGCGGAGGGAACCUGGGUGUGCUGAUCACGAGAGCCCUGGUGAGGGAGCCCAACGCCAUUCAUUCCUUCCUCAUCCAGAAUCUGGCGGCGGCUGACUUCCUCAUGGGGGUCUAUCUCGUUCUCAUUGCCUGGUCUGAUGCAAGGUACAGAGGGUCUUAUAUCGAGCACGACUGGGAUUGGAGGCACAGCCCUCUCUGCAAGUUCUGUGAUGUCGGGAGAGACAUCUGGAACUUAUUUGAAGAAACAAGGUUCCAUGCCCCCGAAGUGAGAUGGGCACAAAUCGUCAAUACGACGACACCUGGGAAGGUAUUGGAAUCCCGCAAUACAUUCGACGAAAGAUACUACACGACCCAACGAGACCCAGGGUUAUUCCGAGCCCGAGAACGGAGAGAGAAAAGUUCACUUGGCUUCCUGAGCACGGUCAGCUGCGAGGCGUCAGUGAUGAUCCUCACGUUGAUCACGAUCGAUCGGCUCCUGUCCGUCACUCAUCCGAUGGUGGUGCAGGAGAAGAGGACGAUGGGGCGGGCGUUGUUGGUCACGGCGUUCGUCUGGCUCCUCAUGAUCACCCUCAGCCUCAUCCCGCUCGGGUUUCAGCCGGAUUUCUUCAGCGGGAAUGGGGUUUGCCUCCCGCUUCGCAUCCAUCAGCCCUUCGCACCGGGAUGGGAGUACUCUCUCAGCUUAUUCGUGGUGGUGAAUGCAAUGUCCUUCAUGUUCAUCGCCUGGGCGUAUCUGAGAAUGUUCCUGCUGAUCCGAAAGAGCGCCGGCCAGCUCAGGUCCACCAGGGUGAAGGAGGACACGAGGAUCGCUCAGAGGUUUGCGUGCAUCGUCGCGACGGAUGCUGCUUCCUGGUUCCCCGUUAUCACCGUCACCAUCGUUGCCCUCGCCGGUGUGUCGAUCCCAGAGGACUUGUAUGCCUGGCUGGCAGUUUUCGCCCUCCCGGUCAAUAGCGCGCUCAAUCCUGUCCUCUACACCCUCACCACGAAAAUGUUCAAACAAAAGCAGAUUCUGAAUUCGAUCAGGGGACAGCAACGACAACAUUCCUUCCUCCGCCCCUCAACGGGUUACGAGUCGGGCCAUUCCACAUUCCAGAGUCUCAUGAACAGAGGCGUCAAGAACUUGAGGUCCAACGUAAGUUCUCCAAGUCCCUUUGCUCUCUCGCUGCCAGCGUCCCCCGUUCCUCCACGCCGCCGUCGUCUGCUCCCGCAGGCUUCGAGGAAGAGUUCCUGCUCCUCGGGGAGCCACAAGGUGGCGGUGCCGCUUCACGAGAAGCCGUUUGUGGAUGUGCCGUUGGUGAAGAAGCCGUCAGAGGACUCGGAGAAGAUAUGA